AUGACGAUAAAAGAAAAUGCCAACGGCGGUGACGAGUCAUAUGGGCCUGGUACCCAUGUUGAACAAGGUUUCCUACCAUUACCUGAAGAAUGUAGACGUCUUCUGCAUCUGUUUGCAGCGAGGACCCUUGGAUUCACCAAGGACAAGACUCUCCUCAAUGGAGUCAAAUUCGAAGGCGAUGAUCUGCCUUGCAUCCCAGGUCCGAUCAAGUCGCAGGCUGUGACCGCAGUUCUACACGCCAUGGUCGGUAUUGUUGGUCUUGAAAUCCUGCAACUACGCGGCGAUACAUCCAGCACUACCACUAACAUCGACACAAACCAUGCAGGGCUGUUCCCAGCUACUCCAGCUCUGGUCCACAUCGACGGUCAAACAGGCCCUGCUGUAAUCAAGAUGCCGACUGUUCCCCAAUGGGACAAGGACCGUCAAUCUGGUUCAUCAUUGGUCUUUCGUUCUACGGCUAUCUACGAAACAGCCGACAAGGGUGUCUGGUAUCAGCUUCAUGGGUCACUCAAUUCGUGGAAGAUGUUGGCGCUUAUCGGUAUCGGCAAAGAACUUGAUGCGGAGAUACGUACGGACGAUGCGGCGUAUGACUUGAUCCAGCAACGAGUUCGUACAUAUCGUGCACUCGAGCUUGAGCAACUCAUGCUUCAAAAUGGCCUGUCUGGAAACAUCGUCCACUCUCCCGAGGGCUGGCUCAAGACCGAGAUGGGAAAGUCUUUGGCUCGCCAUCCGCUAGUCAACUACUCUCGUCAGUCACACUCCGCGGACCUGCCCCCAGCAUCGAUUCCUACGCUCAACGACAAAAGACCGUUGGCAGGCAUCAAAGUCGUGGAAUUGACCCGCAUCAUUGCCGGUGCCGCAGCUGGUGCUGCUCUGACAUCAAUGGGUGCCGAAGUCAUUCGUGUAAACUCUUCCAAGCUCAAGGAUUACACUCCAGCACAACCUUCCUCACUGAUGGCAGGCAAGGCAACCAUCGAUCUGAAUCUGGACAAUUCUGCCGACCACGCCAAACUCACCACACUAUUCGAGCAAGCCGAUGUGAUCCUUCAAGGCUACCGUCUCGGCUCUCUUAGUCGUCGCGGAUUCGGUCUCGAAGCCGCUUUGGAGAUGGCCAAGCAGCGCGGCAAAGGCAUCAUAUAUGUUGACGAGAACUGUUAUGGACCGGACGGCUACUAUGCAGAACGACCAGGAUGGCAACAAGUGGCGGACGCAGCUGCAGGAAGCUCCUAUAUCAUGGGUCAAGCAUUCAACUGUCCUCCAGGCCAAGGCGUACUACCCAGUCUGCCAAUCUCAGACAUGUCGACAGGAAUCCUGACGGCCUUGACCAUUAUGUGUGCGAUUCGCGAUCGCGCCAAGUUUGGAGGCUCUUAUCACGGACAUGCAGCCCUCACCGGCUACAACAUGGCUACUCUGGAUCAUGAAGUAAAGUUGUAUCAGCGCGAGACCGUGCGAAAGAUUCAGGACAAGUACCAAUUCGUGCCAUGGUCCAGCGACAUCCACGUCGCGCCUUUAUACUACCAGAUUUUGAAGGCAUGGGGCGAUAAGAGCGAUCUCAUUGAGAGCGAGAAGUACUACGUCCAUUUCUCGGAUUCCGUGUUUGGAGGCGACCUUAGGGUAUUGGCACCUGUUGUGAAGUAUGAUGAUGAGAAGGUUACACCGAGGUGGACGGCACCUCCGGUACCUUUCUGUCACCAUGAGUUUAGGACGUUCGAGAGUUGA